AUGAACAUACUAAUACUUUGGCUGUUGUUAGUAUCAGUGACAUUCGCCGCGUUUUGUCCCUUACUCGAACAUCAGGUUUGUAACGACAGGAACAAACAACUGAGAUGUGUUUGUGCGAUGAGCUUGGAUGAGGUAAGUUUUGAGUAAAAAACAUUUUUUUUUUUGAUUUUACAGUGAAACUCGUGUAUAACGAAUCUCUCUGUUGUUCGUUAUAAAGGAUUUGGCGAUUUAAAAGUUAUUGUAGAACGGGGCUUUCGUUAUAGAGGAGGUCGUUAUACACGAGUUUCACGGUACUUACAGUUUUAAAAGGUUUUGUUACAAAAUUGUUAGCUUUUUUUAUUGCAAACGUAUAUUUAUGGCCGUAUUUUACCUAAAAUCUGUACUCUAACACUAACUUUUUUCAAAAUAAGGUAAAGUUGAAAUCCAUAUAACGAAACUCCUUUAUAACCACAUAGCAUUUAAAUCUUCUAUUAUAUAUAACGACCCUUCUUUAUAACGAACAAAUUUAAAAUUUCCAAAAAUAACGUCAAAUGACUAAAACAAUUAUAAUAUAAAUAUAGUAACAUAGAUUAUUUCCAGGAACCUCCACCAGAACAGAGUUGUUCAAACAUAGUGAAGGUUGAGAAUGUGAAUGAUUUCGAAGCCGUUAGUGUAAUGUUCAAAUUGGAUAAUGCUGCCAAAGUGAUGAAGGGAUUUCCUGAAGACAGGUUUAGAGAUCAACUGGCCAGUUUACUGAAGAUUGAAGCCGUAAGUUGCCAUAUUUAAUUAUGUUUGGGGUUCAAAGAUAUUUUUCAGUACGUAUAUGUGAUCUUAGAUUGUUCUGGUAUGAGUGUGGGAUAGUUGUAAAUAGUAUGAUGAUUAUUAGUGCUUGCUAUGGAUUAGUAUUAGAGAUUCUGAGGUUGAAAAGUUUGUGAUAAAAAGCAUGGUACUAUUGUAUACUCAUUAGUACCAAGUUUUAUAAAAUGCACAGUACUAAGUCAUAGUACCAUAGUGUAGUGUGGAAACAGAGUUCUCAAGGGCUUCGAAGCCAGCCGCAAAUUGUAAAUUUUGAAAUUGCUAGAUUGUACUAGCACUAUAAAUUUAUGAUACUGCUCUUAAAAUUGCAGUAAGAUGUAUUGUAAUAUCAUACAAUAUACGUUUGUCUCGUUUUUCGUACAAUUGACGUAGCAUAUCUUUUAAAGCCUUGUUUUGUAUGAAAUUUGUAACUUUUGUUUGUUAUCCGGAAGUGGAACAAGGCCAAAGAAUAAACUUUUAUUCCUACGUCAAUCAUAAUAUAUGAUUGAUAAGCGUUCCCCGGAAUAGACGUUCAACAUACUGAUGUUUAAAAAUUAACAAGUUUUUGACGUGCUGUCUUGUACUAUUAAAAAAAGUUUUUUGGUACCAAUUCUUAAUUAAAACUUUGUAGUUGAAAAAGAGAUUUUUUAAGCGCAAUAAGGAGAGAGGGAUUCGUUCUAUCCUCCCCGUUAAAUCUUAGUUGUGAUACUACUAGUACUUUAAAAAUUUAAAAGUUUAUCUUUAUAUUCCUUAGGAGUUAACGGGCCAGGCCUACUUUUGAGGCCAGGCUUGGGCCUGGAACUUAAAAUUUUGGUCCGGCUUGUUUUUAUUUGUUUUCAGGCCGGACCGGUAGAAAAAUCUUUUGGUCUUAGCUAAUUUUUUAGCUUGUUUCAAAUUUAACUCAAGGUCGGCCCAUCUUGAUUGUAGGACCGAGCAGGUUCUACACAGCCCGUUUCAUAGCCCUAAUGUCUUCAUUCUCCCCCUCCCCCUAUUUUUUAGUUCUCUUCAAAAAAUAGUACCAAAGUUUGCUCUAGUCACGUUGUUUACCGUACUCUUGCUAAACUUGUUUACCAAAACAUUUUAAAACUUCCAAAAGCGAAAAAGUUGUGUUCAGCCAAAUCUCUAGGUAGUUGUGGUGAAGAAUGUUAAUGUGAUUGUUUUUCCGAAUUAAUUGUAAUAUUACUUCCGGCGUUCUGAAUCAAGACGUCACGGUAAACGGAAGAGUGCAUAGGAAUUACUGACAAGUUUUUUGAUAGGGAAUACUGUAAACAUGUUCUGCCGGUUACUUUACAGUAUAAAGAGGGUUUUCAAGUUAAUUUACAGUAAAAUUCUGUUAUUGUGAGGGCAGAGAAUGUUAAUGAAUGUACGUGAGAUUUUGAAAAAAAUAAAUUUUAGGUAACAAAUUAGUGUAAAUUGAAAAAAUGACUAAGUUUGAUUAAAAAUUAAGAUAAAAUUUAAAAAAAUGGACUCACAAACCAAGAAGUACAUAGAAAGUCUAAAAAUGCAUAUUUUUAAAAAAUUUCAUAAACUUCAAUUUCAGAAUGACAUUCUGAUCUUGCGAGUCCAUUGCCUCGACCAAGAAAAGAAGUUUGCGGUACAAUUUGUCGUUGUCAAGAACGAAGACGACGAUGAAGAUAACGACGGCAUCAAGGACUCUGAAGACACUGACGAUGCUAGAAUCCCAUUUGCUCAGACAUAUUUCAUAGAUUCUGACAUCAUCGUGAGGAAUCUGAAGGUCGCCGGCAACAUCCACAACAUCGCUGGACUUAAGGUGGACAGCAUCAGCAAAGUGAGUUUAAGCUAACAAGAAAGGGGCUUGGCCUGCUUUGAUCUGACAAGGAAAGUACCCAACUUGCCUUACUCAGAAUUAUUAUAGCUCAAACUUUUUUAUGAAAAAUUGACUGAGAAGCUUGAUUUAAUUAUCAAUACUUUGCUGAAGGUCUUAUAUUUAAAUCAUCUUUCUAUCAAAAAAGUUCGAAGUCAGUUGGAGAGAGACAGGUCGGACACUUUCCUUGUAAAUUAAAAAAAGUUCAAAAACUUGAAUUUUAUUUUACAUCUAAAAAUUCUGUAAAAUACUGUUUACCGUAACUUUUCAAUAGUUCAAGUUCAAAAACCUUUUUUUGCGUUUCCGGAGAGUAACAUUAGUUGAGUAGUAAGUACACAAAAACAAUCUUUUAUAAUGCAAAUUGAAAAGGUCACCAGGACUUUGGAAAACAACGUGUAAUAGGAGCUUUAAUGGUUGCUUAUAGUACAUGUAGGGCUGAUGAAAGGUCAGGUUUCUGAGAGAGUGUACUGUUAGGAUCAGAGGACGAAAGAGUAUGUAUACUACUAGGGUCAAAAGGUGGGAGAGUCUACCUAUUAGGGUCAAAAUGAGGGGGUGUAGUACCAAGUUUAGAAGAUGAGAUAGAGGGUACUAUUAGGGUUAAAAGAUGAGAAGGUGUACUACUGGGUCAAAAGAGGAGAGACUGCACUACGAGAGACAGAAGAUUGGGGGGGGAGGGGGAGUCAAUCUAUUACUGUCAGAAGGUGAGGGUUGUACUAAUAGAGUCAGAAGAUAAAAUAGACCGUACUAUCAGAGCUAGAAAGUGAGAUAGUGUAUUAUUGAAGUCUGAAAAGAGGACUCUUACACAAUUUUUUUUUAAAUUUUGUUUAUGAAAUUUGAAAUUUUGUUUUGCAACUUUAGACCUUUGUGGUCAACUGUACAACUAAUAUCUUUCCAAAAGUGUACCAAAUACAAUCCUAAAUUUCAUUUUACUAAAACCUCCGCUCAUCAUUUACCUUUUUCUAUCCUCCAAAACCUUUAAAAAUCGAGUUUAUGCCUCGAGGGCGGAAGAAGAAACUUUUUUUUGGGUAAUGAAGAGAGGUCAAAAAACAAGAUGGCGAGGGAGGAGAUACGUCACGUAAUGACAUUAUAUUAUACUAUAAAUAAGUUCAAACAAAAGAGUCGGGUUUCGAAACCAAUAGAAUUUCAAGUAGCUUGAGGGAAACAAACGUCAGGCCAUUGCCAUUUAUAUAAAUAUGACGUUUCUGAUGUGGCAUUGUAUAUUGUUUCAACUGGAGAUAACGAUUGAAUUGCAAAAAAACUUGCUUUACAGUAAAAAAUAGAAAAUUAACAAAGAGCUUCUUAUUAGGGCCGAACAAAAGUUUUGUCGUUUUUUAACAUCCAACUGUAUUUAAAAUAACGACAAGACUUUUUACAUUGAAAAAUUUUUAAAAAAUUUAAAAAAAAAGGUGAUAUUAGGUUGUUCACAUAAUUCUGUGCUCUCUAAAUCCAAAAAUUUUGUAUAAGAUGGGGCACAGAAUUAUAUGAACAACCAAAUAUUUAUAAUCCUGACCGUUACCUACCUUCAAUAUAACACUAAUUAUUACCAACAUACCUAUGUCCCCCCCCCCUCUGAAUUCAAUAUGACACUAAAAAGCCAAUCCUAAUUAAUAUAAUGUAGGUAACGACCUUAUACUCGAUGGAAGCCUAUGUGGACAACACCGUACUGUUGUUCCAGGCAGCUUUGGCUGCUGUCUUCGUCUUCUUGACCUGUUUAUGUGGCUGCUGGAUUGCGUGUAAGAAGAACGACUAUGAAGCUGAUCUUCAGAAGUCAUAA